AUGGACUACGAGUACUCGGAGGCUCCCUACCUCCCCGAGGACCCGGGCGCUGGCGCCAGAGCCCCCCUCGCUGGUUCCUCCCCCGCGGCCGCGGCGUGCCAGAUACCGGGCUCAACCGCACCGCACGGCGCUCCCACGUCCUUCACGUCCGCGUUCGCGUCGUCCAAUCUCGGGAAGGCCGGCGGGCUACCUGAGGCGGAGGACUGCAUCACUCACCAAGACUGCGCGGCUGCGCACGAUCAGGACACCCUGACCGGGGACAUGCACGCACAGCCCUCCCAGGCGGUCCAAGACGGAGCGAACGCCGCGAAUUCAGGCUUCAGGCCCGCCAGCGCUGCCCAGGCCCCGGGCGGCCCCCGCCAGCCGCCCCUGGACAUCCCCGCGCCCCCGCUCCGCGCCACGACCUCCGAUGUCGACGACCUCCCGGAGUCCUCGCGCUCCAGGCGCGGCACGGGCUUCAAGGCGCUCGCCAAGCGCCCCUCCCUCCCUCGCAUCCGCGUCGUGCACGCCGGGUCCGGCGACUCGUCCCCCGUCGGCGCCUCCCCGAUCUCGGCGUUCCCGCGGCCGCCGGCGGCCUCCGCGCCGGAAGGCAGCGGCCACAGCGGCCGCGGCUGCUCCCCGGAGCGCGCCCAUGUCGAGUCUUCCCCGCCACAGCUCCCGGCCGCGCCGGCGUCGCCCAUGCGCGGCCUCGCGGGCGCCGGCCGGCGGCCCUCGCGCCUGAAGCGCUGCUCGACGGACGGCGACCACUCGGAGGUGGCGCACCGGCGGUCGCUGUCCCAGACGAGCCGCCUGUCGCCGCCCCGCGACCACGGCCCGUCGGCGACCGCGCCGCGGCCGAUCCCGCACGCGGUCGACGUCGGGUUCGACCUCCCCGGGGGGUCUCUCGGCACCAGCGCAGCCCGGCGCAGCGGAGUGUCCCCGGGGGGACUUGACGUGGUCGGCGAGGACGCACGGGGCGUCGUGCCGGGCACGCCGGGAUUCGCGGCGAAGCGGCGGCACUACCUCGUGCUCAGCGAGGCGGGGCGUCCCAUCUGGACGCGCUACGGCGACGAGGCGUCGGUCGCGGCGACGGUCGCGGUGGUGCAGGGCCUGAUGUCGUACGCGGAGAGCAUGGACGACGAGCUGCGCUCCGUCGAGUGCGGCGACGGCCGCUGCAUCGCGUUCCGCCGCUGCGGCCCGCUGCUCCUCGUGGGGUCGUCCUGCGCCGACGGACCCGCGGCCGUCUCGCGGCAUCUCGGCCUGCUGCACGACAUGAUUGUGCUGCUGCUCGGACACUCGUUCCUGCACCGCAUGGAGCGCUCCCCGGGCUUCGACGUCGCGCGCCUGCUCCAGGACGCGGGCGGCCUUCUCGCCGCGCUCGUCGACGCGGCACCGUGGUCCCCCGGGGCGCUCCUCGACGCCGUGCAGCCCCUCCCGCUGCCCCGCGCGGCGCGCGCGGUCGUCUCCGGCGCGCUCCUGGGCCUCGCGGCGCAGCACGGCCGCGGCAACAUCGUCGCCGGCGCCCUGCUCUGCGGGCCCCUGGUGGUGGCGUGCGGCGCCGUCGGCGGCGCCGGGGGCCUCGCGCUGCACCCGCGGGACCUCUUCCUGCUCACGCACUUCGCGCUAAACAACGACGCGAUGCGGCACUCCGAGAGCUUCGUCCCGAUCGGCCUCCCUGCCUCGUGCCCCGGCGGCGCUAUGGUGCAUGCCUACAUGCGCUACGUGGACCGCGCCGCCGACGUGGUCGUGAUCUACCUCUGCUCGGAGGUCGCGGGGUUCUCCGCGUGCUCCGACGCCGCGCGCGCCCUCUCGAUGCACCUGGACGACUCUGGCACGCUUGCGGCCAUCCUGCGAUCGGCGUGCAGCGCGGCGGGGGUUGCGCCGGCGGUCGCGCCGCCCGGGGCCGAGGCGGUCGCGGUGUCCGCGGACAGCGACGUCGAGAUGGACCACGACGCAAGCGAGGAGCCGUCCAACGUGUCGGAGCUCGCUGCGCUGCGCCACGCGAUCGGGGAGCGUGGCGGGGGCGCCGCGACUGCGCGCGCGCCGCGGCCCGGAGCGCUGCGGCAGCGCGGCCCCUCGGCGACGCGUCUGGCGCCCUGCGCGUACUCCGGAGACUACGAGAACGACGACGAAGACGGCGAGGAGGGCGGCAGCGUGGCCACGAGCGUCGACGUCGAACGCAAGGUCAAGGGCGCAGGGCUGUACGCGUCGUCGGUCGAGUCGCACAGCUUCGCGAACCUCGAGACCACGGGGGAGUCGCCGUCGCAGGCGGGCGCCGGGCGCAGCAGCAGCGUGACGAUGCCGCGCAUAGGCAGCCUGCCCGCGGGAAUCCACGGGAUGGUGCCGCGCAGCACGGGCCGCAUGAUGGCCGUGUGCAGCGGCGGCGUCAGCAUCGUCGCGCCGCGCGCGUCCGCGAGCGAGGCCCCGCCGCGCGAGGCCCCGCGCUGCGCCGGCGUGCCCUGGUGGGCGCACGGCGCCCCCACCCUCGGCACGUGGGCGAUGCGGCCGCUGGGCGCCGUCCCGCUCGAGGCCAUCCCGCUCGGGACGCGCGGCGCGAUGUCCGCGCCGCCUCCGCCGGCCUUCGACGGCGCCCCGAGCGAGUCCCUGCUGUCGUCGCAGUGGGGCGCGCACGCACAGGACUGGCCCGCGGGGCCCCCGCUGCCGCUCCCGCAGUCCGGCACGGGGCUCCUCUGGCACUACAUGUGGGUCACGAACGGCCAGCUGUCGAUGUCGCGCUUCCAGCACCCGCUGUCGCGCACCGCCGCGCAGGAGGGGCUGCUGCGGCAUUACGUCGACGCUGUGCGCGCCAUGUGUCCGGGCGGCGUGGUGCCGGCCGAGGGCGGCGAGGACGCGCGCCUCGUCACGAUGGACUCGUACGUCGUGUGCGGGAUCGUCUCGGGCGGCAGCGUGCUGCUGGCCUGCGUGGACCCCAUGACCGACCCGUCGUCCGCCAUGAUGGCGGCGCGGAGGCUGCUGUCGUGGCUGCGCCUGAAACAGGCAGACGUGUUCCUGCAGGCGUGA